GUCUGCCCUCUCCUGUGGGGAAUGAUGGGGUUCCACAGGCGAGCACUGAACAACAACUGGAUGGGAGAGAUUGAGGAUAUAGGGUGCGAUAAAUUGAUGAUAUAAAAGGAGACAUACCAAUAACGAUUACAGAGCCCACGAAUCUGUAGAUAGACAUCCAAAAGUAGGGAAGUAAAAGGAAAAGAAGAGAGGGAGAGGGAGGGAAAGAGAGAUCUGAGCUAAAACCCUCUUGUCGUCACCGAUGAGAGCUGACGGAUGAGUUAUCUCUGAAGAAAUAUCGGGAUUGGAUUUGUGAUGGAAGCCCCAGCCGAGGAGCUUCUGAAGAAGCUCCAGGAGCUGGAAGCAGGGCAGGCGAUGCUGAAGCAGGAGAUGUCGAGGCUGAUGCCUGGUGGAGGAGGAGGGGAGCGGCGCAGGUCUCAGUCGGUUUCGCCUCAGCGUACAUCGCCCACGGGUUCGGCGAUGGCGCGGCGGCAGGGCAGCGGAUACGACCACGGGGCUCCGGCGUGGGGGAGGGUUUCGUCGUCGUUGGGGCACUUGUCGCGGUUGCAGAGGGAGAGCCGCGAGCCGAGCACGUCGGCUGGGGUGAGCGGUGGCGUCGAAGUCGCUGACGGGAUCGGGCUUUCGGAUAGGCAGUACCCGAAUAUACUGCAGUCGAUGGGGCAGUCGGUUCAUAUAUUCGACCUUGUUGGAAGAAUUAUCUACUGGAACCGAUCCGCCGAGCGACUUUAUGGUUACUCUGAAUCAGAAGCCCUUGGUAAGGAUGCCAUUGAGCUGCUUGUUGAAUCCAAUGACAUCUGCAUUGCUAGUAGCAUAAUACACAGAAUAACAAUGGGGGAGAGCUGGACUGGAAAGUUUCCUGUCAAAAACAAAAUGGGAGAGCGGUUUUUAGCGAUCAUCACUAACACGCCCUUUUAUGAUGAUGAUGGAAGUUUGGUUGGGAUCAUAUGCGUUUCCAGCGAUUCCAGAUGCUUUCAGGAAGGGACUUACUCUGGUUUUUCAAAGCCGAUGGCUGCUGGUUCUAACAAUCCCCCAUCUCACAAUCCCAACAAUCCUAAGAAAAGUUUUAUGAGUAAAGGAGGUUCUGAUUCUCAACAACCUUUUCAAGUUGCUAUUGCUUCAAAAAUAUCAAAUCUGGCCACCAAGGUGACCAACAAAGUUCGUUCUCGGAUAAGGGCCAAUGAAAGCAGCACUGAUCGGGAUGGUGGAAGUGGAGAUAGCCAACAAUCAGAUCAUGAUGCAAUACAUUCAGACCACAGGGAGGAUGCCAUGUCUAGUGGCGCAAGCACACCAAGAGGAGAUGUAGCACCUUCUCCAUUUGGAGCAUCUUCCUCUGGGGUCAUGGAUGAUAAGUCUCCCAGUAAAACAUCCAAGGAUAGCAAUGAGGAGUCAGAAGGAAAAGCUGGGAUUCACAAGAUCAUAAGCUCGAAAGCUGAGGCAUGGAUUGUUAAGAAGGGGAUAUCAUGGCCCUGGAAAAGUUCUGAGAAUGAUGGCAAUGAUAUUAAGAAUAGAUUCUCUUGGCCAUGGUUGCACGGUGAUCAAGAAGGUGACACGGGUCAUGCAAAAUCCUCCGAGUGUGGUGGUAAGCCUGAAGAAAACAACCGACUUGGAAAUAAUGAGGCUUCAGGAUCCUGGUCGCCUUUAAAUGCUAAUAGUACAAGUAGUCUUAGCAGCAGUGGAAGUACAAGCAGUAGUGUCCAACAAAAGUUGGAUUUGGAGACAGACUGCUUAGAUUAUGAGAUUUUAUGGGAAGACCUGACAAUCGGAGAACAAAUAGGUCAAGGUAAAAUUAUCCUAUCUUUAGAUGGAGAAAAGGGCAAAAGAAUACCCGAGAGCCCCUCAUGUCGGGUUGAGUGCAGUUCUUAUUUGAUCAGUUCUUGUGGAACUGUGUAUCAUGCUCUUUGGUAUGGCUCGGAUGUUGCAGUGAAGGUAUUUUCAAAACAAGAAUAUUCAGAUGAAUUGAUAUUUUCAUUCAGACAAGAGGUAUCACUUAUGAAGAAACUACGGCAUCCCAAUAUACUUCUGUUUAUGGGUGCAGUUUUGUCCCCAGAACGUCUUUGUAUUGUUACCGAGUUUCUUCCACGUGGGAGUUUAUUUCGAUUACUUCAAAGAAAUGCAGCCAAGCUUGAUUGGAGAAGGCGAGCACAUAUGGCUUUGGAUAUUGCAAGAGGCAUGAAUUAUCUUCAUCAUUGCAACCCUCCUAUCAUUCAUCGUGACUUGAAGUCAUCCAAUUUGUUGGUCGAUAAAAAUUGGACUGUGAAGGUUGGAGAUUUUGGACUUUCACGUCUAAAGCAUGAAACAUACUUAACAACACAAACUGGGAAGGGAACGCCGCAAUGGAUGGCUCCAGAAGUUCUUCGCAAUGAACCAUCGGAUGAGAAGUCUGAUGUGUACAGCUUUGGUGUCAUUUUAUGGGAACUUGUCACUGAGACAAUCCCAUGGGACAAUCUCAAUUCAAUGCAGGUCGUUGGUGCAGUAGGUUUCAUGAAUCAGAGAUUGGAGCUGCCAAAGGAGUUGGACUCGCGAUGGGUUUCAAUCAUUGAGAGCUGCUGGCAUAUCGAUCCCCAUUGUCGACCAUCAUUCCAAGACCUGCUGGAGAAAUUGAAGGACUUGCUGCGACAAUACGCCUUCCAAACUCAGAUUCAGCGGUCUACCGCCGCCAACUUGGCACCGAGCACAGCUUUGAGAGAGAAUGCUCAAGAGUGAUAUGUCUUAAGAUUCAGGCUUUAUUUGGGAUGACUUUCUUACUGCUUCUUAAGGCAAUUUUUUAGUACAAAAAUUAAAUCUUUAAUACUUGAAAGCUGCUUUAAGCAGCAGUAAAAAAGCCGUCCCAAACGAAGCCUCAGAUUGGGGUUUUAAGAGAAGCGGAGGAGAACGAUUUAUUCUUUUGAUUUUGGGAAAGCCAAAUUCCUCUUUUGGUUCUUGGUUUGAUCCCUUGAGUCUUCUAAAAUCAACCGAAUGCAUGGAAUG